AUGACAAAAUUCAGUAUACAAACAAUUUAUAAAAAUCCCAAAUGGACUGGUCAGACGGUAUCAAAACUUGAACAUCUUCAAAGUAUAAUUGAUUUGCGUCGACGUAAAAGUUAUAAUCAUACAAAUUCAAAAAACGGAAGAAAACCUGAUAAUCAAAACGAUUCACGUAUUGUAAUUAAUAUUAGUGGUUUACGCUUUGAAACAUUCAAAUCUACACUUGAACGCUAUCCAAAUACAUUAAUUGGAAAUGUACAACGUCGAGCUUAUUUUUAUGAUAAAAUUCGUGAUGAAUAUUUCUUUGAUCGACAUCGAUUAUGUUUUGAGUCGAUACUUUAUUUUUAUCAAUCUGGACGACUUCGUCGACCAGACAAUGUUGCACUUGAUACAUUUUUAGAAGAGAUAACAUUUUUCGAUUUAGGCGUCGAUGCACUUCGACAAGUACGAAAAGAUGAAAAUGUAGAAGAAGCACAGAAGAUUACAUUACCGCAGAAUCAAUUUUGUCGUCAUGUAUGGGCUAAUUUAGAAUAUCCACAAUAUUCAAUGACGGCAAAAAUUAUUAAUAUUUUUUCGGUUAUUUUCAUAUUAUUAUCUGCAUUUGUGCUUGCGUUUGAAACAGUGCCAGGUUCAUUACUUGUUGAUAAUAGUAAUACAACACGCUGUCCAUGUCUUCCAAAUUUUCACUCACCAUUAUGUAUAAUUCAAUUAAUUUGUAUUGGAUUUUUUACCGUUGAAUUCGUUCUACGUUUGAUAUCUUGUCCAUCUUUCCUUAAUUUUAUUAAAUCAAUACCUAAUUGGAUCGACUUCCUUGCACUUGUUACGGAUUAUAUCUCAUUAGCAAUUUUUCUUCUUGGUAAUCACGGAACAUUAUGUAUGCCAGCAACUUAUUCUCAAUUAAAUAUUUUACGAAUGUUUCGCUUCAUUCGUGUAUUCAAACUUUAUCGUAUAUUUCAACAUAUCAAAUCAUUACGUGUACUCGGUAGUACAUUGAAAGAAUCAAUACCAGAUUUUAUAAUAUUAUUAUCUUUCUUAUCGCUAAGUGGAUUUUUAUUUGGAGCAGCUAUUUAUUUUGCUGAACAUGAUAAAAAUUCACAGGUUUUUGACUCAAUACCUACAGCAACUUACUACGGUAUUAUUACACUAACGGCUGUCGGAUAUGGCGAUAUAACUCCCGUGACACCACUUGGACGUGGCCUAGCAUGUUUAGCUGCUAUUUAUGGUGUAUCAGUUGUAUCAAUGCUUGUCUCUGUACUUGUUGAUCGAUAUCAAAGAGUAUAUGCUCGUAAACAUUUGCUCGAGGAAGAAUAUGCUGAAAAUGCAGUUUUAAAUGAUUCAAUGCUAAUGUCAAAUAAUAAUGAUAAAUCUGUAGAGAGUCAGAUAGACAUGGAAAAGCAAUUUGAAAGCAUUCCAGAAUAUUAUGCUCAGCCUGAAGUACGACAAGAUGAUGAUCAACCAUCUGGUAAGGUGCGAUUUAUCAUUGGUUAUUUAUCGGACGAUGAUGAUGAUGAUGAUGAUGAUGGCGAUGAUGAGGAUGAUUUGGGCGGAAAUGGACAUGAAAUCAUUCACAAAGUUGCUCAAGAAUUACUUCAUUCAACAUCAAAUAGAUAUCGCUCAAUCAAUAGAAACAAUCAAUAA